AUGGCGGAACGCAUCCUCAUGAACGAGCUUAAGGCUCUGUCAAAUGAAAAAUGGCUGAAGGUUGAGCUACAUGAAGAAAGCAUCUUCAACUGGGACAUUGCUCUCUUCGUGCUUAACUCUGACUCCCUUUACCAUGGUGGCUAUUUCAAAGCCCGAAUGACGUUCCCCUCAAACUACCCUUAUUCCCCUCCUGGGUUCCGCUUCCUCCUCCCUCUCUACCACCCCAACAUCUACAAGGACGGCAGAGUGUGCAUUUCCAUCCUGCAUCCACCUGGUGAAGAUGAAAUGUCUGGCGAGCUCGCUGCAGAGCGUUGGUCUCCAGCACAGCGGGUGGAAUCUGUUCUGAUCUCCAUCCUCUCCCUUCUGGAUGACGCCGAGAUUUCAUCUCCCGCCAACGUUGAUGCAGCGGUGAUGUUGCGCGACAGCCCAGAGAAGUACCGCGACUUGGUCAAAAAGGAUGUCGAAGCCUCCAAGGCUACUGCCCCGGAUGAUUUCAGCAUGCCCAGCCCUGAAGCUGCCCCCGUUGUAGCGGAGAAGGAAGACGCCGACUUUUGGGCCGACUCGGAAGCAGACAGUGACCCAUUCGGCGGUAGUGAUUCCGAGGAAGAAGGGUCCGACAUGGAUCAACUGACCGCAAGUGAUCUUGAUGAUCUUGAUGAUGCGGGGGAGGCUGAGGAUGACGAUGAGAACGAGGAGGACGAGGAGGAUGAGAAGCAGAAUCCGUGA